AUGUAUUGCUUUCUUACGGAUGGGCUGGCAACGUCUUCCCACGGCUUGAUACGGCUUGUGGUGUCCAAGGCCAAGCUGGCGCCGUCUGCAACGACCCGGGCAGUGGCAGCUCUUUCCUGCCGUGGGCUGUGCAGCCGGUUCGGCGCUACAUCUAGGCUGAAGCCGCUUGCGGCGACUGCGGCGCUGAGCCUGCCUCUGGCCGGCAGGCGGUCACUUUCGACAGAGGAGGCGCCUUGGACCACGACGGCCUCCGGCCUUCAGUAUCGUGACCUUUCUGUCGCGUGGAGCUGUAUGGAUCAAGACCAUCUUGAGACAUGUGCUCGACGUAGCCUGCAUCGCUCCCACGGGCAACUCGAAGAGUUCUGUCCACGUGGGGCCAUGAGCAUGCAAAAGUCUCGAAGUUUGCCAAGACUCCCUGGUCCAGGUCAACAAAAAUUUCCUCGCAUACGAGUGGUGCAUCGCCUGGAUCCUGCACACAUCGCCUUGCGAGAGCAGAGGCUCGGGAUCCAGCUGACGGAAAAGAAGGAGACGAGGCCGAGGACGCCCUCCGUCGUUUUCGGGGAGAUCGAGGAGAUGUUGGCCCAGGAGAAGAUCUCUUGGAGCAGCAAGGAGCGAAGAGUCUUGCUCGCCGACCAAAUGGCCAACACGCUGGAUGUGGCCUCGAGAGGGGCAAAGGCGGCAGCAAAGCUGAAUCAACCGGCUGCAGAGGUGGAGAUUGUCAUUCCCAAAGAACCAGAAGAAGUUUUUGAGAACCUCGAUUCCUUUGUUCCCGACUCUGUCCCGAGGAAGCUUGCAGAAGCGUUGGAUGAAUGUUCUGUGAGCAUGGGCAACCUUUUGGAGGAGGUGGCCAAAACGGAUUCGAUGCUGCAGCGGGACCUGGAGUCAGAGUUCUGGCAGGAGGACGAGAAGGUCGUCGAGGAGACACCUGCAGAGGUUGUCGCCAGAGAUCCGGGGCCAGCUCUGCUGGCUGCUCGGGAGGUGCCGGCGCUCUUCAAGGACAUCGAAGCUCAUCUUCCAAGAUCAAAGCUUCGGUCUGCUGGUGCUGUUGACCUCCACCGCUACCUCGAGGAGAACUUCGAGGGAGCUUUGGAACGCCGAGAUGACGGCAUGCAGUGGGUGCACCGGGUGAUGCACCGGAAGGACAGAGUUCCUGGUCAGUCUGUCUGGACCAAGAAAGCGCUGCAGCUUCUUGACUCCGAGCGCUUCGAGAGGCGGCUGGAGCUUGGUCUCGGCGCGGUCGUCGGGGAAGGCGAAGCCCCGGUCAAGGGACAAAAAGUGAAAGUGCAUUACACAGGCAAGCUGGAGAACGGACAGGUUUUUGAUUCAUCCAUUCCAAGGGGCGAGCCCUUGGACUUUAAUGUCGGCAAGGGUCAGGUAAUUGCUGGUUGGGAUGAAGGCAUCUUGACGAUGAGGGUGGGUGGAAAGAGGGAGCUGAAGAUUCCACCAAAGCUGGGCUAUGGAAGCCGAGGCAUAGGUCCGAUCCCAGGCAAUGCCACGCUCUUCUUUGAGUGCGAGCUCGUCGGACUCGGCUCCCAGCCUAGACCUGAAAACGAACAGAAGGGAGAGGGAGAUGUGAACGUGCGAUUGAAGGCCUUGCACGUGCAGCGGAAUGGGCAGGCUGGUAUCGUCGAGGAUUAUGUGCGGACGAAACAGCGCUGGCGAGUGCGUCUGCUGAUUAGUGGAAAGUCGCACGACUUCAAAGCAGAAAACCUGGAGAUUGAGGAGGCCGCCGACAGGCCGCCGCCCGCAGACUGGGUUGGCCCUGACCUUGAGGCAGAGUUGGAGAUCCAGCCAAAGGUUGCUUACAAGGAGGUUGCAGAAGAGCCGCUGAAGCUCACAGCCUUGGCUGCAGGCUGCAAAGUAAUGCUUCACGGUCUCAAGGCAGCCCCAGAGCUGAAUGGCCAGAGGGGCGAGGUGGAAUCUUUCGUGUCGGAGUCUUCGCGCUGGCGGGUCAAGCUAUUGGGCGGCAGCAUCAAGGACCUCAAGCCCGACAAUCUCCGGCCCUUGUCCGCCGGUGAGCUGGACGCGUCCGCCACUGCUUUGUCCGAGCUCGAUGCUCUCGAAGCCGAUCUCGGCAUCGAUUUCGCCGCUGCACCCGGAGAUGCUUGCGGGCCCGACGGAAGGUUCGUUAUUGAAGACAAGCUUGGGGAAGGCACCUUUUCAACGGUGUUCCGAUGUCGGGACACCUGCGCUGACAACGCAAAGUAUGCUGUGAAAUUCACCAGGUCGAACGAGCAAACCCGCAGGGCCUUGGAGCGUGAGAUCAAGAUCAUGGGCCAAUUGAUCGCCAAGGUGGGUGAACGGGACCCCGAAGGCAUGCGCGCCAUCUUGACACUGGCCUUCUUCGAGGGCUUCAAACACAAGGGUCGCCUGGCCGCUGUCUUCGAGCUCAUGAAGUGCAACUUGCGGACUGCACUGGCCAAGUAUGGUGCUGGCAAGGGACUGCCCCUCCUGCCCACCGUCCGGGACUUCGGCCGGCAGCUGUUCCUGGCUUUGCGAGUGUUGAGGCGUGCUGGUUUGAUUCACUGCGACGUGAAGCCUGAAAACCUGCUACUUGGCGGUGACAACGCCACAAUCAAGCUGAGUGAUUUCGGAAGCUGCCAGGGCUUGGAGCAGCGCUUGAAGUCCGAUCAGCUCAUGCCACGAAACUACCGUGCUCCGGAGAUCAUCGUUGGGCUGGACUACGACUAUUCAGUGGAUGUUUGGAGUGCUGGCGCCACAUUGUUUGAGCUUGCUACCGACUCGGUGCUGUUCCAGGGUGAGACGAACAACGACAUGCUUCACGCGAUGUUCAAAGUGUGUGGGUCAUGCACGAAGUCCUUCGCAAUGAGUGGGACCUUCACACACAAUCAUUUCAGCGCCAGCGGCGAGUUCCUGAAUGCCAAAGGUGAUGUGGCCAUCAAGUCGGCCAACCCACGUGUGGUACCGCUGGACGCUUUCGAUCCGCCCAGUCGUCCGCUACGGUUCCUGCUGGAGGAUGUGCUGAAGCGACCGCCCAAGGGUGUGACUGCAAGCCGCCACGAAGGCCUGGUCAGCCACUUCUCAGAUCUGCUCAGCUCGUGUCAGCGCAUAGCUCCAGAAUCGAGAGUGACGGCUGAGUCAGCAUUGGGCCACAAGUUCUUCCAAAAGGGAAGUGUCGUGCAGCUCGGUUUCAAAAACACGCAUGAGGUCCUUGAUGAGCCGACUUCUCGGCAAAGUGAGCUGACCGAGCUAAUGGGUUGA